AUGGCGGAAACAAAUAAGGAUACAAAAACUGAAGCUGAUGAAGAAGAUUACAUGGGCGAUCUCUCUCUAUUCCUCCCUCCCGAAACCACUGAGUCUUCUAAAAUCUCUCAAAAAAAGAACUCCAACACCAAAACCCUCAUCAAUCAACCCUCAACGAAGAAACUGAAGACCUUAAACUGGCAAGAACACCGGAGACUCGAUCGAGAGCGGAAGCAGAGAGACGAAGACGAUCAAACCCUAGCGAAACUAGAUUAUGCGAUACCUCAAUCCAACAUUGGGUUCAAGAUGUUGAAGCAGAUGGGGUACAAUCCCGGUUCAGCGCUGGGCAAGGACGGAUCCGGUCUGGCCGAACCGGUUUGUCUCGAGAUACGGCGGUCGAGGGCGGGAAUUGGGAGGGAAGACCCGCACAAGGAAAAGCAAAGGAGAGAAGAAGCCAUAGCGGAGAUGAUGAGCAAGAAGGAAGAGGCUUUAAUGGCCGAGUUCGGUUCUCGACAAAAGUCUCAAUGGAGAAGCCGCAAGAUUGCUGGUGACUUCAGUAAGGCCAAAGCGGCACUUGCCCAGUUGGAGAACAGGGAGGUUAUCGAAUCCGAUAAGGAAGACGAAGACAGUGAUGGAGAUGAAGAGGAAGAGGAGGAAGAAGAAGAAGAGAUAACAGAAGAGGAUUUGCAAGAGAUAUUGAUGAAGCUCAGAGAUGGACAUCGGUAUUGCCUCUUCUGCGGAUGUCAGUAUGAAUCAGUGGAGGCACUGUUAUCCAACUGUCCAGGAACUAAUGAGGAUGACCAUUGAAUCUGCUCCAACUAUAGAACUCAGUGAGAGAUACAAGUGGAUUCUAUGUUCAAGAGUCGAUCCCAUGACCUCCUGGGACCCUGCAACCAUCACUCACCACUUUAGGAUAGAACCACAUCAGAAGUGCAGUCCAAGAGCUGUUUGUGUUUGGGGUGUGGUAAUUGCAGUUAGAGAUAAGUGUGAGGGUUCUUCCUUCCACAGCUUCACCAUAGCAUAACAAUAUUGAUUGUAUACAUU